AUGUACCCGCAGCCCCUGCUCCAUGUGCCCUCAGCGCCGCAGUUUGAGCAGCAGCAGCAGCGGCAGGAGCAGCAACACCAGCAGCAGCACGUGAUGCACCCCCAGCAGGGACCCAGCGGCGGCGACGGCGCCCAGUGGCAGCAGCAGCGCGCGACCCCCGGAGACCAGACACUGGGCCAGCGGCACUCUGCCACCGCCAGCGGCAAGGCGUCGCCCCUCUCUCGCGAGCCUUACCCAGUCGUCGUGCACUGCGAGACCGACCUGCCCUCGCGCACGGUCAGCAGCGACCCGGCCGCGCACUACCUGCUGCUGUCGCGCGGCCAGACCAACGCUACCAACAGCGGCGGCGGCGGCGGCGGCGCCCCCGUGCUCGGCGGUGCCCUCGCAGCGGCGGAGCAGCAGCAGCAGCAGCAGAGGCACAUGCUGCAGAUGGCAUCCUGGCUCGUCCCCGACCAUCGGCGCACUCACUGGGCCAUUUUCACGAGCCUCGUUGUCCUGGGGAUGUCCUUUGUGUUUGCCUUCAUGGCCGGCGACUACGCGACCUGGCUCCGCACCCCCGCCGCCGCCGCCGCGCUCGGCGGCGCGCCCGCGCCGGCGUCGGAGCAGGAGCAGUGGGGGCCGGCGGGGCUGGUGCGGUGGCUGCGGUUCUGGGAGCUCAGGAGCGCGACGGUGUAUAACCCCGUGUACCUCUUUGCCUGGGGCGCCAGGUAUACGCCCUCUGUCAAGGCCGGCCAGUGGUGGCGCCUCUUCUCCAGCUUCUGCCUCCACAGCAGCUUCACCCACCUGCUCUCCAACAUGGCGCUCUUCCUGCUGCUGACCGUGCCACUGGAGCACACGUACGGCCCCAUCCGCGUCGCCGUCAUCUUCCUGGCGUCCGCCUUUGGCGCCAACUUCCUGUCGAUGACGUUUGAGGACCCGUGCGUGCUGUACGUGGGCGCGAGCGGCGCCGUGUUUGGGUUUGUGGGGCUCGCGAUAUCGGACCUGCUGCUGAACUGGGACACCGUGGGCGCCCCCGUGGUGCGCCUGCUGGUCAUGCUGGCCAUGCUGGGCCUGUCCAUCGCGGUGGAGUACAUGGAGCUGCCCUACAUGUCCAUUGGGUAG